GUACUUAAACAAACCCCUCAUCAUGUCAAACCGCAGAAAUGAAACAGUUUGUCUGAAAACUACCUCAUGAAGUGCUGAACGAGCAGGUGUAGUUUGGAUCACCGGGUUGUCGCUCAGGGGUUUGUUAAGCAAAUACAAGCCACAACAACAACAACAACAACAACAACAUGUUUGGUAAGAAGAAGAGAGCUCCGCAGCCCAGGGGACAGGGCGCUGCUGCAGCCAAACAGAUGGGUCUGUUUGUCGACCUGGACCCUGAAGAGAUGAUGAUGGGUAUGGAGGGGAAUCUGGAUGAUCCGGACCUGGAGGCUGAACUUGCUGCUAUUACUGGGAAUAAAGCUGCUGCAGGAGGAAGAGCCAGGCCAAAGGGGAAAAGCCCCCUGCCCAUGGAAGACAUCGCAAGAAUGGCUGAUGAGUGUAUGAGAGACGUGGAUGACGAUGAAGACGACGACGAUAUCGAAGACGAUGAGGAUCUCUUGGCAGAGCUACAGGAAGUGGUGGGUGAGGAGGAAGCUGAGGAUGCCGUAACUCCUUCCUCCGCAUCCUCCUCUAUGGCUGAAUCUUCUCAAGCUGAAACACCAGAGUCCCCAGUGGCGCAGCAGAGGGAAGUAAAGGCGUCGUCGGCAGCCCCCGGCAGCCUCCAACACACCUUGGAGGGGAGAGUGGCCAUGUACAAAAUGGCUUUGCAAAACGCCAAGACCGCAGGAGAGACGUCCAAAGCCAGGAGAUACGAUCGUGGCCUGAAGACGUUGGAGUCGAUGUUAGCUGCUGUGAAAAAAGGGAGGCCUGUAAAUGAGGCAGAGAUCCCUCCUCCUGUUGCCACCGGAGCCCCGAGCGACGCCCCUCGACCCGCUGUUCCUGCAAGACCUCCUCCGCCUGUACCUUCGCCUCGUGAAUCCACCCAGCAGGAGGAAUCAGAGGCCUUGACACCUCCACCAGCUGUUCCCACUAUCAUCACACCCAGCAGUGAAGAGGAACAGUCAUCUCUGCCCACUGUGAGCAGCCUCCCGUCUCCUGAGGAGAACGCUGAGGAAGCUGCCGACCUCUCGCAGACCAGUCAGACAGAUGCGAACGAGGCAACCAAGACGUUACUUUUGGAGAGGCAGAAGGAAUACAAGAUGGCAGCUCUGAGAGCCAAGAAGCAAGGAGAUGUGGAGCAAGCUAAGCUUUACUUCAAGACCAGCAAGAGGUUCGAUGCAGUGAUCGAGGCGUUGGAGAAAGGACAAGCGAUCGACCUGAGUGGCCUUCCUCCAUCUCCAGGACAGGGUGCAGGAGGAAGCUCUGCUCCAGUGAACGAACCUUCCUCUGGGCAAAACAUGGAGGUCACCCAACCGGUUGCAGCAGCUCCAGCGCCUGCCCCCCCAUCAGCCCCCGACGCUCCCAAAGACGUGCUGGAGGCUCUUGAACAGAGACGAGCAAAGUAUGUGGAGGCGUCUACUCAGGCCAAAGCCAGCGGAGACGACCGCAAGGCCCGCAUGCACGACCGUAUUGCCAAGCAAUACCAGAGCGCCAUCCGUUCUCACAAAGCUGGAAGAGCGGUCAACUUCGACGAGCUGCCGGUUCCCCCCGGCUUUCCUCCCAUCCCCGGCCAGAAGGCGACAGGAGCUGAGCAGGGUUUUGUUGCUGCUCUGGAGGCAGCAAGUAAACUCGCCUCUACUGAUGCUGCUGAAACAGCAGAAGAUGAUGAUGAAGACGAGAAAGAAGACGAGUCAAAGCCUGCUGUUCCAGAGGAGCCAAAAAAGCCCACAUUAGACGUCCCCACGGCCGGUCCAAGACAAAAAAGGUCUCCGUCAGCUUCACCCGACAGAACAACCUCCAGGGAAGGACUCUCACCAACAGCCGUUCAGCAGCUGGAGUUCCUGGAGGGUCGGAAGAAGCAGUACAUGAAGGCGGCUCUGCAGGCGAAGCAGAAGAACGACAUGGAGCAGGCAAAGAUGUUCCUCCGCACCGCCAAGGGCUUCGACCCGAUGAUCGAGGCAGCACGCAGCGGCAAAACUGUGGACAUCAGCACAGUGCCGUCGCCCCCUGGUGACGAGGACGACGACUUCAUCCUGGUUCAUCACAGCGACGUGCAGAUUUCAGAGAAAGCUGAGCAGGUUUACACACAGCUGGCCAAGAUCCUGAAAGAGCAGUACGAGAAAUGCAUGACUCACUCCAAGCAAUUCACACACCUGGGGAACGUCGCUGAAACAACAAAGUUUGAGAAAAUGGCAGAAAGCUGUAAGAAGAGUCUGGAGGUGCUGAAGCUGGCUCAGUCGAGGGGUCUGCCUCCUCCUAAACAUCACUUUGAGGAGAGAUCGUUUCGUACUGUAAGGAUAUUUCCAGACCUGAGCAGCACUGACAUGGUGAUUAUCAUCGUGAAAGGGAUGAAUCUUCCUGCUCCAAGUGGAAUCCAAACAAAUGAUUUAGAUGCCUACGUUAAGUUUGACUUCCCGUACCCGAGCACGGAGCAGCCGCAGAAACACAAAACAGCCGUCAUUAAGAACACUAACUGCCCAGAAUACAACCAGAGCUUCACGCUGUCAAUCAACCGUAACCACCGCGGCUUCAGGAGGGUGGUGACGUCGAAAGGCCUCAAGCUGGAGCUGCUGCACAAAGGAGGUUUCCUGCGGAGCGACAAGCCGAUCGGGACGGCGCUCCUGAAGCUGGACAAACUGGAGUCUCAGAGUGAAAUCAGGGAAAUCGUGGAGGUGAUGGACGGUCGUAAAGCUACAGGAGGUCGUGUUGAAGUGAAGGUUCGACUGCGGGAGCCUCUGAGCGGUCAGGACAUGCAGUCGAGCACAGAGCGCUGGCUGGUGAUCGACCCUGCACAGGUUCUUGUUUAGGUGCUUCUGCAAGAUUAAAGAUGAAUCACAAAAUAAAGAACUGUGUCCUGCAGAUGAAAGGCACUCAAUCAGAAACACUCGAGGAGGAGGAAGAGGAGGGGGAUGAGGAGGAGGAGGAGGAGGAAGGCGUCUGGGAUCUGUCGAGGACGGUCUGUCGUUCAGUUUGGACUACACGGGUCUUUGACUUGUUAAAACUUUUGCACAUUUGCGCGACACACGAGCCUCCCUGUGACACAGCAGCCACCAGGAGGAGACGUGGAGCUGCUGCACGUCGGGCGUCCUGGCGCAUCAGCGGGACUCCUGGAGGUCAGCGGCGUGUCCUCUGCCCAUGACGGAGGGACUCGGUGUCGAGCUAACCUGAUCCUGCUGCCUGAUAUAACUCUUAGUUAAUAUAAUAUAUCAAAGAAUGUGUACAUAUUCCUCAUAUUAUACAGCUCUGGUAUCUAGAACUGCACCUAUGCACUAAUACCAAAGUAAUCACUGUUGCUGUAAAAUCCUGCAUAUUUGAAAAUCGCCUUUAGCUGCCAAACCUCUGAGCUUACAGUGACACAAGAGGUUCAUACGUACAUGAUAGAGAGAGAGAGAGAGAGAGAGAGAGGUUGGGCUGUUAGAAGUUUUCAAUACGUUUCCUUCAUACUGUUUUAGUUUGAAAAUAUCCUGCAGAUGCAGCAGCAAAUUCACGGAUGUUUUACAGGAUUAAGCCAAGAAAUACUGAAGCUCAACAAGGUACGCUAAUUAUUUUAACGACCACUUUCCCUUUUUGGCACCUUUCACCUGGAUUAUUAUCAUUAUUAGUCCUCUAACUGUGGUCACCAAACUACACACUCACCUCCUGGUAGCUUUAGUUGUGUUAGAUUUUUGUCAUGUUUACACUGAGUAGCACAAAGCUGCAGCUAAUGCUAAUUUGCCGUCACUAAAGUCACGAUACAUAGAUGAUAAUGGGGUUAAAGGGGAGCUGCUACUCAGUUUAAUUAAAGAACUAGUGCAACAUUUUGCUUAUUUACUUUCUUGCAGAGUUUUCUAAGAAGAUAUAUGCUGCUCUCAUGUCAGGAAAUGGUUAGCUUAGCAUAAAGACUAGCCUGCAGCUAGCCUGGCUCAGUGUGGCUCAAAAAUACACCUGUUGGCUCCUGUAAAGCUCACAGAUGAACACAUUUCAGCUUAAUUUGUACAAAAACACAAAUGUAGAAUUAAGAGCUGAUUGCCGAGCUUCAGAUUUGUUGGAACAGAGACGCGCUAAAGGCCUCCAGUCGUUAUGCUAAGCUAAGCUAACCUGACUGUAUCUUAGUUUUAACAGACACCAGAGCAUCAUCGGGCUUCUCAUCUAAUUCUUUUUUCAACUAUGCAUCAGUCCUCUCAUACAACAGUUACUGAAUAUUAGAAGAAGUUCUCAAGUGUUUUAAAGGGCCAGUUCACUCAAAUCAAAUCGAUUAACUAAUACUUUAGUCACCAACUGUUUUGACACGAGCAAAGGAAAAUCAGCGUCUACAUUCUCUUACCACAGUUUCCUAAAUGUGAAUGUUUUAUGGCUUCUUUAUUCCUCUGUGACAGUAAACUGAGAGUCUUUGGGUUGUGAACAAAAUGAGAACUUUGGGAAACAUUAAUUAACUUUUCUUUUUGGUUGCCAUUUUUCAGACUAAACAACUUACUAAUAAAUCAGGAAAAAAACUGUCUUGUUAAUUAAUACAAAUAAUUAAUUACUGCCCUAUUAACUCACAAAAAGACUUCCUUAUGACCCAAAGCAAUGAGUUGUUUGUUUUUGGUUUUUUUUCCCCAGUUUUCAGAGAUUACUGUCCCUUAAAUGUAGACUUGAUAAACAGGGAAGCCACAAGUCUUCGGAGCCAAUUUUUACUAAAGAAAUCAACCAACAUGUACGAGUUUAGCUUACAUUUUUUUGAAGCUGCACUAAUAUGACUUAAAUAUCUCUGUUCUGGUGAAAUUAGUGGGGCACUACCUCAGGAGUUGGCCAAAAAAAUUUUCAAAAUUGCACGAAAAUUCAUCAGAAGGCCGGAAACACAACUUUAAUGAUAUUGUCGCUCUGUAUCUGCUCAACGUGAGAACUGUUUGUGGGAAUUAUUUGCGUACAUGGUCGACUUAACUUGUGUGAUAAUCUGUUGUGUUUACAGCUGUUCUGGCCAAAAUGUCCAACGACUACAGCUCCAGGUGAAAAAAGAAAAAUGUGUUUUAUUUAAAGUCAUUUGAGUGAACUGACCCUUUAAAGUUUCAGCCGCAGCAAAUGCUGACAAAAGAAGCCAUAACGACAUAACUGAGCCAACCAAGUAAAUCUGCCUCCAUCAGGUUCGCCUCAACACUGUCUGCAACAUCAUUCAGCUGCCAAACGGUCACAACAUUUCUGUUUCUGCCUCAGUGCAGAAAGUUUUUCGGGGGUGAAAACAUCCAACUGACGUCUAGUUUCUGACUAAAACUGACCUAAACAAUGAGAAACACACCGUUCCCCUUCAUUUUAUCCUCAGACAUUUGGAUCGACUACGUGUUUACAAAGAUCAAUGAUGUCAUGUUGUUUGUAUCUCCAGAAUGCUACAAAAUAAUGGAAGAAUCAAGGAUUUGCUAUGUUUUUAAUUGUGGACUGAAUUUGCUUAUCCUGCUUAAAAUGUACCAUUAAAAAGACCUUGUUUUAAAUUUU